AGGUGGUGUGUCAUAAUUAUGUCGUCGACUUGGAUUGAUCAAGUCAGGUCGUCACAUAACUUGCAACUAGCAGCCACAGCAGUUGCUUCUGGAUUGUUGGUUGGAAGUGCGAUUUUGGGGCUGCAGAAGGCGAAGCAACAAUAUCGCGUUUCUGAUCUCAAGAGCUCGAUUCCUGAUCUUGACAAGGACGAGAAUGUUGUUCAAAUAAACAAUUUUGGUGGUGCUGUGCAAGAUGGCUCGAAGCUGUCAAAGGAGGAUGAGAGAGGUGCUGCUCUUGCUACAAGGGCUCGCUUGGGAGACUACGAUGAAGAAUUGAUCCUGGAACAACUGGCUCGCAAUCGUGUCUUCCUCACUGAUGACGGUCUGAAGAAGCUGCGCAAUGCAUUCAUCAUCAUCGUUGGAGUCGGUGGUGUAGGUUCUCAUGCUGCAGCCGCUCUUGCCAGAUCUGGAGCUGGAAAACUACGAAUUAUCGACUUCGACCAGGUCACUCUUUCCUCUUUGAACAGACACGCCGUGGCCACCCUGGCAGACGUAGGUACGCCAAAGGUACACUGUCUCCGUAAGCGUCUCGAGCAAAUCACACCUUGGACACACUUUGAUUGCAGAAACGAACUUUUCGUCGGCUCGACGGCAGAAGCCCAACUAGCACCCUGGGCCGAUGGCCACAAGCCCGACUUUGUCAUCGACGCCAUCGACAAUAUUGACAGCAAGGUGGACCUCCUCGCCUACUGCCACAAGCACAGCAUCAAAGUCAUCUCCUCCAUGGGCGCGGGCUGCAAAUCAGACCCUACCCGUGUCUUCCUCGGCGACAUUUCCACCAGCACAGACGACCCUCUCUCGCGCUCCACACGACGAAGACUACGUGCAAAAGGCGUCAAAGAUGGCAUCCCCGUCGUCUUCUCCAGCGAGAAGACUGCACCUGGCAAAGCCCAACUGCUGCCCCUCUCUGACGAAGAACACGCAAAAGGCAGUGUCGGCGAACUCGGCGUGCUCCCAGAAUUCAGAGUCAGGAUCUUGCCCGUGCUGGGAACCAUGCCUGCAAUCUUUGGUCUCUGUGUAGCUAACCAUGUUAUGUUGGCCAUAAGCGGUUACCCACAUGAAUACUUGCCUUCGAAGUCGAGGGACAAGAUGUACGAUGGCAUUUUGGCUAGUUUGCAAGGCUCAGAGGAGCGCGUAGCUCGCCACAUGUCUCUCGACCCACUCGGCCUACGCAUCCCCAUCACGCAAGAAGACGUCGGUUACGUGGUCGAAGAAGUCUACCGUGGCCGCAGUGUCGUCAGCGGCCUAGCUAGCCGUCUCGCACUCGUGCGCUGGCGCAAGCCCGAAGGCCAAUUCAUCGAUACCAGCAUUGCCGGGCAAAAGAGCUCGAACAUUGCAGUCAAGGAUUUGGUUUGCAUGACCAAGGACGAGGUCACCCAGCAUGAGAAGUUGGUGCUCAAGGGUGACAAGACUCCUGAAGAGGUUUAUGAUACAAAAGUUAUCAAGUUGGUCGAGGAGAGAAUGAAGGAGGAGGCCAAGUAUCGUGAUUUGAGGUAG